AUGAAGGAGGAAAACCUUUCCCUGGAGUCCCCCGAGGGCAGCGCGGCCACCAGCGAGGACGAGGCCGAGCGGCUGCCCAGGAAAAGCGUCCGCAAGCGCGGGCAGGGCCCUGGCGGAGCCCCCUCACCGCAGGGCAAGCGCAGCCGGCGCAGCCCGGCCCCGCAGCCCCCCGAGGACGCCCACGCCCAGCGCGUCAUCGCCAACGUGCGGGAGCGCCAGCGCACCCAGUCCCUCAACGACGCCUUCGCCGAGCUGCGCAAGAUCAUCCCCACGCUGCCCUCGGACAAGCUCAGCAAGAUCCAGACGCUCAAGUUGGCCGCUCGCUACAUCGACUUCUUGUGCCAGGUGCUGCAGAGCGACGAGCUGGACCACAAGGUCGCCACCAGCUGCAACUUCCUGGCCCACGAGAGGCUCAGCUACGCCUUCUCUGUGUGGAGGAUGGAGGGCGCCUGGUCCAUGUCGGCGUCGCACUGAGCCGGGUCUCCACCUCGAUGGAAGCAGCUCCAGCACCCAAAACCCCACAGAAACCUCCCCGGAGAGAAGAGGGAACAACCCCCAAACCCCCCGACAGCCCUGGGGACCCCAAAAACUGUAGGAAUGUGCCCGAGGGGGCCUCAGCAGGAGCUGGUUUGAGUUGGUUCGGGUGCUGCUGGAGGAACUCAGGGCUGUAAUUUACCGUGGGCUCGCAGGUAAGGAACGAUCCCAAUUUCCUCCUCCGGGACUGCCGGGAAGCCGAGCCCUUCCCAGACCCUCCCAGAGCUGCCUCGAGCCAGGACCGGGCAGGAAAAUUCCUCCAGGAUGAGGGGAAAGGGAGCCCUCCAAGGACCUCGGGGGUCCCCCUGCUUUUAUCCCGCUCCGAAGGCUCCACGUUCCCAUGGAUGAGGAUUCGGGGGAUUUGGGGGCUGCUGACCCCCCCCAAGGCACCCCCAGCCACUCCUGCCCCACGGGUGGGGCCUCAGGACGCCCUGGAGGAAGCUCCCAAUCCCUUGGGAUUUAUCAGGAAUCGAGGCUGGAGACGGAGCCGCCGGGAAUGGGGGAUUUUGGGGCCGUGUCGGGAACUCUGAGUGGGUCUGGGCUCUUCUGGGGGUGUGGAGAGGGCGGGGAAGGGACCAUGGAGGUGUUGGGGUGACCAAAAUGACCCCAAUAAAGCCCAGGGGGAAUAUUCCAGGGUUCAAUCCUUGUUUUUCCUAUGCACAUAGUGCUGCUGGGUCCCCCCUGCACCUCCCUCGGCUGGACUGCUUUUAUUGGAAUCAGGCAAAAAAAAAAAAGAACCACAGGUUUUUUUUUUUGCCUGUUAUGGCAGAAAAAGGGGAAAAAUCCCUUCCAGGGAGGCUGCAAGAGGCCUGAGCCCCCAAAUAUUCCAUGGGUGAGGAAUUCCUGUUGUGAUCAGAUUUGGGGUGCACCAAAGAAUCCACGAAAGAGCCACAGGAAGGCCCAGAGUGACUUUUUCUACCCAAUUCUCAAUUUUUAUGUGCAGUGGGAAUGGAUUCCCUGCUCCAGGGAGUCGACUGCACUCUUAAAAAAAAUCUGGAGGUGCUUAAAAAAAUCAAAACUCUGUUAAGAAUGGGGUUGUGGUGGCUUUGUUCAGCACCUCACGGGAAGGAUUUUGCAGCUGAGAAACAAAACUGGCAUCAGAAGUUAAAAUCUUCUCUCAAAAAAUAAUAAAUUGUGCUUGAAAAGUAAAGGGCAAAAACCUAUCUGUGGAGUGAGACUCCAGUUUCCAACCAAAUCUUUUUUCAAAAAGGGGAAAUCUAUUUUUUAAAAUAUAUUUUCAAGUA